CAUACUUCUAUAAUUUCAUGUCAACAGCCUUAAUUAAGUUGUUAACUGUAAUUGAAAGAAAAUAUUAAAAUACAAUAGAAAAGUUUAUAGAAAUAAAAUAAUAAAAAGUAAAAUGAAUGAGUUUAAUAAAAACAAAAAAACAGUAAGAAAACAAUAGUAGUUUCUAUAUAAAGUAGUGAGUGCCAUAGCAGGAUAAUUAGGGGAUAGCCUCUUGUCCUACAUUCUGUGGAAAGCAACCCCAACUUUCAAUAAGCCUGAUAUACAAGGUGUGGAUUUCCACUAGCUGAACAAUGAACCAGCUAACAACCAACCAGCGAGUGUCUUUAAUUCUGUGGCUCAUCUCUUCCUAUUUCAUUGGCUGCUCCUCCUGACCAACAACUGGCACUACCCAAUAAAUUAUGUCACCUUUAUACUGAGCAACUAGUAUUAUUUCAGUGAAAUGCCUCACCUUACACUAUACCUGGAUAUUCUAACAAGAAAACAUUUGGAUAAUUAUUUGUUAUUAUUUUUCACUUGCCUUAUCUGAACAUUUUUGCAAAGUGGAUAUAUUUUUUGGUUGGUGGCCUUAUUGCAACUGAACCAAAAGCAAAUAUAAAAUGUGUUGCACAGACCCAGUGUUGAGAGGACUACUUAUGCUGAUAAAUCUGGAUUUGUUUGGGUCUCACUACUCAUGACCACUGUCAUGCAGAUGCGUUGUAGAUAUAACUACACCAAGAUCUUCUCCAACUGCUCCAAUUUGAAGACUUUGGAGUGGCCAGAGGAUAAUAACCUGAUUGUCAUUCAAAUUCUAUUUGCCGUUCUUGGAUCCUUGUCUUUUAUUUUGAACAGUUUUGUUCUGAUUGAGUCAAAAAAUGCUAGCGGAGGCCAAAGCCCUUCAUUAGUUUUUGUCCGAACUUUGAUUGUUGCUGAUGCCCUCAUAGGGUUGUUUGGCAUUGUGAAAACAAUAUAUAUAGAAUAUCGCAAAAUUCGUUCUAUUGAUUGUUUUCUGUCAGAAAGCCUUCUUAUUACAGCAUCAACAGCCUCAGCACUUUCUUUGCUCUGGUUGACAGCAGACAGUUCUUUGAGGCUGUCACGGCCGCUUGACUUGCAGUUUCAUAUGCACAAGAAAAAUGUCAUUGCUCUGAUGGUGAUUGUUUGGAAUGGUUCUUUCAUCAUUGGAUUCUCUUCUCAGAUGGGAUGGGUAUUGUUUGAUUACACGUGCUUGUUUUUCUGCUACUACAGUUCCACAUUCUUGCUAUUUGUUGGAAUACUUUGGAAUAACUGUGUCUUCAUCACUGUUUGCUUACUUAUUUAUUAUCAAUGCCUCAACCGACGGAUACAAAACAAUGAUCACAUCCUUACUCUGAGUAGCAAAGAAUACAAAAGAUAUGCAGGAUUGCUCUCAAUAUCAAAGUACCACAUUAUAGUAUGGCUGCUGACGUAUCUGCCUUUGAUAUUUUACAUUGCCAUUUCCUAUUUCUGUGAUGAGGACAGUACAAAACCAAAUUAUACAAUCCUCUAUUUUUUGCUUCUGCCUCUAUUCAAGUCUAUUACAUGUGCUGUUCUUCAUGCUUACCAAUGCCAAGAAAUUAACAGUGUGGUAACUAGCCACUGGCACAACAUUACAAUCUGCUGCUGGAGAUAUUGCUGUCAAAACAUGUCUUCUACAUACAACAUUGGUUUCCCAGCAAACGCUAUGGCAACUGCGCCCAUCCAUAUACAACACUCUUGCCAAACAUCUAAUUCCCAACCAACUCUAUAUGAUUCGGACAGAUCUUUAUUGGCUUCAAAUUACAAUUUGGUAUCGAAGCAGUCAUCCAUGACUGUUCAUUGUAAUGACAAUCUUUUAUUUGAGCAAAGUUCUGUAGAAAUCGUGACACGUUUAUAGCUUAAAAUAAACUACAUGUAUGUAUAUAUGUGCUUGUGUAUACACAUGCAACUCCACUGCAAAUGAAUGUAACAUAUUUGAUGGCAUAAAGAACAUGUAGGGAUAAUUAGAUGCAUCCCAAUUCUAGCUGUGCAUAUUUAUGAAAAACAGUUUUUAGCAUAUUGAUGCAUGUAAUAUAGGCCCAGCUUUGCAUAAAAGAUCUUGGGUGAUUUUUGGAGACAUUGGAAGGAAACAGUGUGUCUUGUAUGCCAUCAAAUACAGCAAUUCAUUUCACUUCUUCAAGCAAAGAGACUAAUAUUCUACUAAUGUAUUUGUGAUAUUUAUGUCUUUAAAAACAAAAGAAAACAAUCUACAAAUUGGCUGUACCCAUGAUAUUGCAAACUUUUAAAGGAAUAUCACCCUUCUCUCACAACCUACAGCUGCUGUCUCUUGUCAUGCUGAAAUACGAUUACUAACUUCUAAGUUUUUAUAGAAGUUCACAAAAUUGAGUGAAGAGUAUGAACAAUAUUCCCAUAUUAAAAUGGACUUGUUUGAAAUUUUUGUCCUCCUUAAUAAUCUUAUUGUUUUUAUAAUUUUUAUAAAAGCAAGAAAUGUUACUCUACAUCAACCUUUAAGUUUUUGGUUGACCUCAAAAUCCACUUUCAAUUUAAAUGGGAUGUUCUUUAUUUACUAAUGCUGCUCUUGAGAAAGGCAUGCUCUUCACAGCACCACAUUUUAUUAACCUUGUAACUUCAUAUCUACUUAAGAAAUUGUAUUUCUCAUGUAGUGGUUUUUGAUUUAGAAAAAUAUACAAUUGUGUACUCUGUACUAAGUUUAUUUAUGCUCCAUCAAAGCUUUACCAUUGUUUAAAGUUAAUGAUGAUGAUGAAAUAUUGAUGCUGAAUAAGAGAUCCAAUGUCUAAGUAAAUGUGGUAUCUGCUUUUUAACUACUAAAUUAUUAGUUAACAUCUUGCCACCCUCUAGCUUAAAACUACAUCUCUCUGAAUUUACUGAUUUACUUUUUCCAAUCAUCAGUAAACAUAUCAUUUCUGUUACCUAUCCUGUUUUCCCACUUUAUUUUCCUUAAAAUUCUUAUACCAGCUUUGUGUCCCAAAGCUUUGUUUCUUAGCUGGAGCACACCAUAUUACAUACACUCACUGAUGCACAAUUAAUUACCAAUACAUGUAAAUAAUCAUAUCCAAGCAGCAGCUAAACACACUAAUUUCUCUUGCCAUCUCACCAUGUAUUUCUGAAAAAAGGUACUUGACUCAGUUUGAUGUAAUUAAUUGUUAAGUUGUUACAGACCUCACUUGAAGUGUGAUGGCAGCCAUAAAAAUAUUGAAGUCAAGUCAAGUUAGUGUGAAACACAAUAGGUUCCCAGCUGUUAAUGCCGUGUAAACUAUCAAAUGCUCUGGAGUGGAAUUUCUGUUUGAUCAUUGUGUACUUGGUCAUCAAGUAAGAAUCAGAGUGAAUAAUAAAAAGUUAUAACUGAAAAUGCAAUGAGGCCAAUGCAAUGCCCAGUUACACAACAUAAUCUUCUACUGCCUUCAUCUCCAUUCAACUUUACUGUUAUGUGCACUGUUCUACUAGUGCCAAGAAUUCCACCAUGUGUUGGCUGGUCACUGGCAUAACAUUCCAAUCUGCUACUGGUGACAUUGCAGCUUAAGCGACUUUUAUGUUUAAGAAUGACUUUACAGCAGAUGAAAGGUGAGACUGGAAAAAUACAUUAACUGGACAAGAGAUAUAUCUUUUAAACAGAUUUUUCAAAUCCCACAAAUUCUCCAAAAUUGCAGGCCAAUCUAGUUAUUAUUUUCUAUUUUAGUCAGUUAUAUGUUACAAUUGCAUAUUUUUCCUAUUAUUAUUAUUAUUAUUAUUAUUAUUAUUAUUAUUAUUAUUAUUAUUAUUAUUAUUAAUAUUAUUAUUAUUGUUCAAAGGUGAAAUUCACAUGGAAAUUACUCCUCUGUAAAGUGUGUUUUCUUGAUAGGCUUUUGGGAGUUUAACUUUGGUUUUAUGGCAUUAGACAAUUAAACUGUUAAGAACAGGUAACGCAAUGCUCCAUAGCUGGCAAUAUAGUCAAAUGAUCUGAUACUACACCUUACUGAUUUAGACAUGUCCAGUUAAAGUUAUACUUUUUGAGUAAUCUAUCUUUGUAUUUUUGACUGUAAAGCCAUGGUUUAUGCUGAUAGCCUCUUCUGAGAGCAAUAUUUUCAGCAGCACAUUGUAAUGUCAUCUACAACAAAACGUCUCCAACAGAACUGAACUCAAAAUCUAUUAGUUUUUGUCCAAACCAUUCACUUAGCCAUCUUGGUUCUACAAUAAAGACUAUUUCAUUGUACUUGCAUUUACUAAGAGUAUUAAUUAAUUAUCUUCGAAUUAGAAACAAACACAUCUAGCAUAUAAAUAGACACAAGUUAUUUGGUUGAUAAAAACAAUACAAACAAAUAUAUAUAUAUUUGGUUGACAAUAAUGCAGAAAGAUUCUGUUCAGGCGUUUGACAACAGGCAAAGUCACAAAUCAAACUAAUGGAUACAUGAUACGGGCACUUCCCUAUUAAUUAGUCAGCCUCAUAUAUUCCAUGAAGUGGUUGUUUAUAUUUCUAACAGGAGCUAGUAGUUUUUUUUUGUAUUGUAUUUUCUUUUAGAAUUUUUAGCAUUUUAAAUUUUUACGCUCAUAAUAAUUGUAAUUAAACAAAAGAAGAUACGCUGUGUUUUGAGUUUUUGUAUGAGCCCUUACAAAUUAAUAAACUUCCAGUUUAAACCAGAUUGACAAUAUUUUCACA